AUGUCUUAUUCGUCUGUCGCAGUUCGUCACUUCACGGCCCCAAAGCCACGAUUGGACGCGAUGGCGGCCCCUCGCUCUGAGCCUACCAUGGAGACUAAGAUCAAGCCUACCUCGGUGGACGGCGUGAACGGCCAGAAUGUUGCGUCAGAAUCGUCGAAGAAGAAAGGGUCCACAUUCGCUAACCAAGAGUCUCUCCCGAAACUCCCUGUCCCGGAUCUAGAGGGCACAUGCAAGAAAUACAUUGAGGCCCUGUCUGCAUUACAGACGCCGAGGGAACAAGAAGAGACAAAGGCUUCUGUACAAGACUUUCUCAAGUCGGACGGACCUGUUCUUCAAGAGAAGUUAAAGAAUUAUGCGUCUUCGAAGACCAGCUAUAUUGAACAAUUUUGGUAUGAUUCUUACCUAAACUACGAUAGCCCGGUCGUUUUGAAUCUAAAUCCAUUUUUCUUGCUGGAGGAUGACCCCACGCCUGCCAGGAACCACCAGGUCACCAGGGCAGCAUCGCUUGUUGUAUCAGCCCUCAGCUUUGUCCGAGCUGUGAGGCGCGAAGAACUUGAGCCUGAUACCGUUAGAGGGACGCCACUAUGCAUGUAUCAAUAUUCUCGGCUGUUCGGAACAGCACGUCUACCCACCGAAAAUGGAUGCGUGAUCAGUCAGGACCCUCACGCCAAGCACAUUGUUGUCAUGUGUCGGGGCCAGUUCUACUGGUUUGAUGUCCUCGACGAGAACAAUGAUCUGAUUAUGACUGAGAAGGACAUCGCCCUUAACCUUCAGGUAAUCAUUGGGGAUGCGGAACAGACCCCUAUCCAAGAUGCCGCCAAGGGAGCUUUGGGUGUCCUCAGUACGGAGAACCGCAAAGUGUGGUCUGGGCUACGGGACAUCUUAACAAAGGAUGAGGGCUCAAACAACGCAGAAUGUCUCAACAUAGUUGAUACAGCACUCUUUGUUCUCUGUCUGGAUUAUACUGAGCCGAGCAAUACGUCUGACCUCUGCGCCAACAUGCUUUGUGGUACGAGUGAAGUGGUGAAGGGUGUACAGGUCGAACUUAACGGCAGUGCCGGUAUCAACUUUGAACAUACCGGCGUAGAUGGCCAUACGGUGCUGCGUUUUGCGAGUGACGUCUACACAGACACCAUACUUCGCUUCGCAAAAACUAUCAAUGGACAGGCGCCCACUCUGUGGGCAAGUAACAGCCCUGACCCGGCCAAGCGUGAUCCCCGAAGCUUGGCAAUUAUUGCCCUGCGAUUCGCCGAAUCCCAUCUCGCCGACCUUCUCAAGCAGCAUGAGUUCCGUGUGCUUGAGUUCGAAGGGUAUGGUAAGAAUUUCAUCACAUCUAUGGGGUUCUCGCCAGAUGCGUUCGUCCAGAUGGCAUUCCAAGCUGCGUACUACGGGCUGUAUGGCCGUCUGGAGAACACCUAUGAGCCAGCUAUGACCAAGUUCUUCUUGCACGGUCGGACAGAGGCGAUACGGACCGUCACCAGCGAAUGCGCCAAUUUCGUACAGACUUUCUGGGGAGAGAAUCCAGCAGAGCAGAAGGUGGAGGCUCUGAAGAAGGCAACUCAAAAGCAUACCGCUACUACAAAAGAGUGCUCCAAGGGACAGGGACAGGAUCGACACCUCUAUGCAUUAUAUUGUCUAUGGCAGCGGUCCUUUGAGGAAGGCUCUUCCUCUUCUGGCAAUAGUGUAAUAAGCAGCUCCAACGGCUACUCUAGCCCUGUCGAGAAUGGUUCUACUAUCGACUCACCCAAGGCGCCGUUAUCGGAUGAUGGCGUAUCCUCCACGACCAGCUAUGGCUUGCGUGCGAUUCGCCCGGCGCCACCCACCCCAGCACUCUUCAGUGACCCCGGUUGGGACAAGAUCAACAAUACGAUCUUGUCAACCUCAAACUGUGGAAAUCCAUGUCUGCGGCAUUUUGGUUUCGGCCCAACGUCUGCGGACGGCUUCGGAAUUGGCUAUAUCAUCAAAGAUGACUCCAUCUCGUUCUGCGCCUCGUCCAAGCACCGCCAGACCGCUCGGUUUUUGUACACACUCGAGUCGUAUAUGUUUGAAAUCCGCAAGCUGCUACGCGCCACGAACCGUAAUACGGCCAGUCCGCGAACCAGUCGGGCCCGGGAAAUGGAGAUCAUCGCCGAGCGGCUCCAAGGGGAUCACCGUCGGGGCCGGCUCGUCCGGGGAGAUCCUGGGGCAGUGCGCCGGGGUGCCGAUACGCCAACGACCGACAGCGGAGAAAUAGAAGACGACGGCAUGGGCGGAUACGGGUUCUUCGACGCCGGAAUGCUAUUGCAUGCACUCAAAGGCUUGAGUACAGACCGAGAGCGUAACGAGAAACCCGAACGACGUCGGUUUGUUGGCAAGAAACUACGUCUAAAUGAGUACUAAUGCUUUCUGCCUUGGGGAUUUUGGUUGUUUCUUGUUGAGAAUUUACGAUAUAUGCACAUUUAGAGCGAGAUACCAAUGCGAUUACUUGUUCUUCAAAA